UCCAAACAUAUUUAUUAAGAUCUCAUCUCACAUGUCCUGUCCUUUUAGUGAGGCCCAAACCCUCGGUGGUUAUAUAUAAAAUCAACACCCUCAAACCCUCCGCACCUCUCAUUCACACCACACCACACCAUCCAUCAUAAUGGACACUCUCACUCUCGUCUGCACCGUCUCCCUCCUCGGCGCCGGCGGCCUCUACUGGUUCGUCUUCAUCCUCGGAUCCGCCGAACAAAAAGGCAAACGCGCAGUCAAACUCUCUGGCGGCUCAAUCGAACGCGAACACGUCCAAGAAGAAUACAACCAGUACUGGUCCUUCUUCCGCAAACCUAAAGAAAUCGAAAAAGCCGAAAACGUCCCCGCCUUUGUAGACACCUUCUACAACCUCGUAACCGAUAUUUACGAGUGGGGGUGGGGCCAAUCCUUCCAUUUUUCCCCAGCAAUCCCCGGUAAAUCGAAUCUUGAAUCUACAAAAAUCCAUGAACAGAUGGCGGUAGAUCUGAUUAAUGUUAAGCCUGGUCAGAAGAUUCUAGAUGCUGGGUGUGGUGUCGGGGGUCCGAUGCGUGCAAUUGCUGCCCAUUCGGGUUGUAAUGUGGUUGGGAUUACUAUUAAUGAGUAUCAGGUGAGCCGGGCCAAGGCUCAUAAUAAGAAAGCUGGGUUAGAUCACUUAUGUGAUGUUGUCUGUGGGAAUUUUCUUGAAAUGCCUUUUGAGGAUGAAUGUUUUGAUGGGGCGUACUCAAUCGAGGCCACUUGUCAUGCUCCGAAGCUGGAGGAUGUGUACAGUGAGAUUUUUAGGGUUUUGAAACCCGGGUCGUUGUACGUUUCGUACGAGUGGGUUACGACUGAGUUGUACCGGGGUGAAGAUCCGGAACAUGUGGAGGUUAUUCAUGGGAUUGAGAGAGGGGAUGCAUUGCCAGGGUUGAGGAGUUAUUCGGAUAUUGCUGAAGUGGCAAAGAAGGUCGGGUUUGAGGUGGUGAAAGAGAAGGAUUUGGCGAAGCCUCCUGCGCGUCCGUGGUGGUCUAGGUUGAAGAUGGGGCGGAUUGCGUAUUGGAGGAACCAUAUUUUGGUUAUGGUGCUUGAGACGAUCGGGAUCGCACCCAAGGGGACAGUGGAUGUUCAUGAGAUGCUGUUUAAGACUGCUGAUUACCUCACUAGAGGGGGCGAAACAGGGAUUUUUUCUCCGAUGCAUAUGAUUCUCUGCAAAAAGCCGGAGAAGCCGCAGGAGUCUUGAUUGUUGUGGUUGAGGUUUAUUCUCGAUAUUAAUCGUUUGGUUGUUCUACGCGCACUCUGUUUUUAUUUAGUAUGAUUUAUCUGUUUUAUUACUGUUUGAUUUGCUGUGUUUAAAUUAAUCACUGCUUCUGUUAAGUGGGAAGAAAACUAGAUUUUGCAGAAGUUGACAUUGCCAUAAGUUUGUUCUCUAAUCAUAGUUAUGCGAUUUUGUUAUUCAUGGUGUUUCCAAUUGUUAAAGAUAAUAAUAGUCUUUGUGGCAUUAGUCUUUU